CUUUCGAGAAUGAACCACUAAUUCCCCUACAAAUGGACACGUAUAUAUUAGAUGCACCAAUCUAUGAUGAUAAUCUGGUAAUUCAUUUUCGAAGAAUAUGUUGGACUUCACCAUUGGAAUUACACAAAAUUCCUCGUGCUUAUUUGGACUUUCUAUUUGAUCAA